AUGGCUAGAUACGCAGCAGUUCCAUCAAACCCAGCAAAGUCUGCUUCUGCAAGAGGUUCUUACUUAAGAGUCUCUUUCAAGAACACCAGAGAAACCGCUCAAGCUGUUUCCGGCUGGAAAUUAGAAAAAGCUCAAAAGUACUUAGACCAAGUUCUUGAUCACGAAAGAGCAAUUCCUUUCAGAAGAUUCAACGGUUCCAUUGGUAGAACUGGUCAAGGUAAGGAAUUUGGUGUUACCAAGGCAAGAUGGCCAGAAAAGUCCGUCAAGUUCAUCCAAGGUUUAUUGCAAAACGCUCAAUCCAACGCUGAAGCAAAGGGUUUAGACGCAUCCAAAUUAGUUAUCUCUCACAUUCAAGUUAACCAAGCACCAAAGAUGAGAAGAAGAACUUUCAGAGCUCACGGUAGAAUUAAUGCAUACCAAUCUUCUCCAUCCCACAUUGAAAUCAUUGUCACUGAAGAAGAAGAAAACGUUGCUAAGGCAGCAGACAACAAGAAGGUUGCUUACAAUGCAAGACAAAGAGGUAGACUCUCUUCUCAAAAGAGAUUAACUGCUGCUUAA